CUUCGGCGAGGCAGAAAAACACAGCAGAGCUGGCCUCUGCAAGGGGAGAGGCUGGACUUCCCAACUCUCUGUGCUGAAUGGCUACUAUGGCGCCCGCUCUCACUGACGCAGCAACUGAAGCUCACCACAUCCGGUUCAAACUGGCUCCCCCAUCCUCUUCCCUGUCUCCUGGCAGUGCCGAGAAAAACGGCAACGCCAACAACAUCCUUGUUGCCACUAACGUCACCAAAAGGAAAGCUGAGGAUUCCAGUUUAGAUUUCCGAAAUAAUUCUACAAAAGAAGAGCUGGGAAAGCUGCAGCCAUUGGUAGCAUCUUAUCUCUGUUCAGAUGUAACAUCUGUUCCUCCGAAGGAGUCUUUGAAACUGCAAGGGGUCUUCAACAAGCAGAAAGUCCUUAAAUCUCAUUCUCUGUUGACUCAUCCUUUCUUGAAAACUAGUGAUCUGUUGGGAAGGCCACCAGUGUUGGAGAUUUCCUUGGAAAAUCUAAAAACCAUGAGUACAAGUAAUCAGACACCUUUGCCACAAACACCUGUCAAUGGUUUGGCUAAAAAAUUAGCUAAAAGUAAUAGCUCUGACCAUGAAAGUUCUGUUUCACUUAAUGGUGGUAAGAGUGCACCUUCUUCUGCGACCCUCCAGGAAGUUGAUUCAAAUAGAUCUGGGAGUUGUGAUUUGGAGGACCUGAAGUCUGGUUUGAGCAAUUGCACUCUACCACAUAAAAGCCCAGAUGCAGAGCAUGCUGCCCCACUUAGCAAUAAUGGCAUGACAAAUAAACAUGACCACAGUUCCCCAGAGCAGCAGUGUGGACUCGAAGGGGGUGGGGAGAACAGGUUGCUUUUGUUAUCUGGAAUGCCUGUUUGUUCUGAGCUUGGAAGCAGCAAGCCAGAGGAACAGAAGAUCACUCUGCCGAACAGUUCCUUUAGCACUCUAGAUUCAGAUAUGAGGACAAAGGUGCUAUUGCGGAGGCAGGCAGACAUUGAGAAUCGUGCUCGCAGGCUGCAAAAGCGGCUGCAGGUGGUACAGGCCAAGCAGGUAGAGCGGCACAUUCAGCAACAGCUUGGUGGAUUUUUACAGAAAACACUAAGCAAGUUACCUGCUUUGGACUCCUUGAGACACCGGAGUCAGCUAAUGCUGACCCGCAAGGCAGAAGCAGCUCUAAGAAAAGCUGCAAAUGAGACAAGUACCUCGGAAGGACUGAGCAACUUCCUAAAAAGUGACUCUAUCUCAGAAGAACUAGAAAGGUUUACUGCCAGUGGAAUGGCUAAUCUGCGCUCUUGUGAGCAAGCAUUUGAUUCUGAUGCCACAGACAGCAGCUCAGGUGGAGAGUCUGAUAUUGAAGAAGAGGAACUGUCCAAAGCAGAUACAGAACAGCACCAUGUACCCCUGUGAGUAACAUCAAGUGUUAAUUGCU